CUUCACUUUGUAAACAUACCUUGUUGUGACUUAUUCACUUGUCUCGUUUUCUUAGGUCUGCCACUGAUGCUGAGCCUGACUGGGAUAGUUGCUUUCUUCAACAUCCCGCUCCUGCUCCUGUGCCCUGAAAGUCCUCGCUACCUGUUUAUUCAGAUGAAGAACGAAGCAAAAGCAAGGAGAGCCUUGACAAUGCUCAGGAACAAUGUUGACAUGGAAAAUGAGAUCGAGGAGCUCCAAAAGGAGGCGAAGUAUGAAAUGCAAGAAAAGGACAUGACGAUAAUUUCACUUCUAAAAAGCCAUAAUCUCCGUCGCCAAGUCAUCACCGUCGUCAUCUUGUUGGGGGGCCAGCAAUUUUCUGGCAUACUUGGGUGCUACUUCUACGCAGAGAAAAUCUACAGGUCGCUUCUAAGCAAAGAGAGCCAUCUCAUUUAUAUGAAUAUGAGUGUGACGUGCUGGCUGUUGGUCGUGGCCGCCAUACUGAUGUCUGCCAUUGACGCUUUGGGACGGAGGUUUCUCCUGCUUCUGGGGUUUCUGAUCUGUAGCGUUGCCUGUGUCCUGCUAACCUUGACCCUCGAACUUCAGGUGAGUAAAUCGCGACCGGCAGAAUGCAGAGCUGAAAGUUGCUCAUUAAAAUUAGCUAUUCUGCUUUGUUUAGGACAUUAUUAUAAUUCUAAAUAUUAUUAUUAUUUCAUCCCUGUUUUCCACGAUGAUUUUAACAUGCACCCAUGGGCGAUUUACUUGAGCUUCGUUUUCGUCAUUAUCAUGCUCACUGGAUACCUGCUUGGGCCAGAAAUCACUCUGGGAGGAGGGAGCCAAAUUCAAUACCCACUUCAUUCUGUCCUCCCAGCUAUAAUCACCUACUUGGUCACUCUCGAGAUGUUCCUUCAGUCAUCGCGGGCCACAGCCUUCACGUUGGGCGGACUAGUGAACUGGGUCAGCCGCUGUUUUGCUGUGGGGAUCUUCCUUAGGCUAGAGCCGCUCACUGGGCCUUACAGUCUCCUGAUCCUUUGGCCUCUCUGCAUGGUGACCUUUAUUUAUAUUUCCGCGAUGGUUCCGGAAACCGGAGGCAUGACCUUUCUUGAAAUCCGCCAGUCCAUGGAUCUCCAAGCCAAGGAGAAUAAGGAACAGAUAGAUCCCACCUUGGGAUAG